AUGGCGGCGUCGGUGGCAGCUGCAGCCGGGCGGCUGCGGCGGGCCUUUCGAAGGUCACCCCCGUGGCGGAACCCCAGCUGUCGGCUGCUCUCAUCUCAGCCCCCUCAAACCCCGGCCACGGCCGUGCGGGACGCCUUCCUGAGCUUCUUUCGGGAUCGCCAUGGCCACCGACUGGUGCCCUCCGCUUCAGUUCGGCCCCGCGGCGACCCCAGUUUGCUUUUCGUCAAUGCAGGCAUGAACCAGUUCAAGCCAAUCUUCUUGGGCACUGUGGAUCCACGAAGCGAGAUGGCAGGCUUCCGACGUGUGGCCAACAGUCAGAAAUGUGUGAGGGCUGGAGGACGCCACAAUGAUCUGGAAGAUGUGGGCCGAGACCUUUCUCAUCACACCUUUUUUGAGAUGCUUGGCAAUUGGGCCUUUCGGGGUGAAUAUUUUAAGGAAGAGGCUUGCAGCAUGGCCUGGGAAUUGCUGACCCAGGUCUAUGGGAUCCCUGAGGACAGACUCUGGGUCUCUUACUUUGGUGGUGACCCCAAGACGGGGCUGGCCCCAGACCUGGAGAGCAGAGACAUAUGGCUCAGCUUGGGGGUACCUGCCAGCCGCAUGCUUUCCUUUGGGUCACAGGAGAACUUCUGGGAGAUGGGGGAUGCUGGCCCUUGUGGGCCCUGUACUGAGAUCCACUAUGACCUGGCUGGUGGGAUUGGAGACCCCCAGCUGGUGGAGCUUUGGAAUCUGGUCUUCAUGCAGUACAACAGAGAGGCAGAUGGAAGCCUGCAGGCCCUACCCCAGCAACAUGUGGACACAGGAAUGGGCCUGGAAAGGCUGGUGGCUGUUCUGCAGGGGAGGCGAUCCACCUACGACACUGAUCUCUUUUCCCUGCUGCUCGACGCCAUAUGCCAGGGCUCUGGGGCACCUCCUUACCUGGGCCAGGUAGGGACGGCAGAUGAGGAGCGCACAGACAUGGCAUACCGUGUGGUGGCUGACCACAUCCGCACACUCAGUGUCUGCAUUGCCGAUGGCGUCUACCCUGGGAUGUCAGGCGCCCCGCUGGUUCUUCGUCAGAUCCUCCGUCGAGCUGUGCGGUUCUCUGCUGAGGUCUUACGGGCACCACCUGGCUUCCUAGGCAGCCUGGUGUCUGUGGUGGUGGAGACACUGGGAGACACUUACCCAGAACUGCGGAAGAACUCAGCCCAGAUAGCCAACCUGGUGUCGGAGGAUGAGGCCGCCUUCCUGGCCUCGCUGCAGCGAGGUCGGCGGAUCAUUGAUCGGACCCUGAAGAACCUGGGGCCUUCUGAUGUGUUCCCUGCUGAAGUGGCCUGGUCCUUGUCCAUGUCUGGGAACCUGGGGCUCCCCCUGGACCUGGUAGAGUUAAUGCUGGAGGAGAAAGGUGUGCGGCUGGACUCAGCUGGGCUGGAGCGGCUGGCCCAGGAGGAGGCCCAGCACCGGGCACAGCAGGCUGAGCCAGUUCAGGAGCAGGGACUGCAGCUCGAUGUCCAUGCACUGGGGGACUUGCAGCACCGAGGGGUGCCCUUGACCGAUGACAGCCCCAAGUACAACUACUCCCUGCGACCCAAUGGAGGUUAUGAGUUUGGAGCCUGUGAGGCCCAGGUUCUACAGCUGUACACAGAGGAUGGGGCAGCCGUGACCUCUGUUGGGGGAGGCCAGCGCUGUGGUCUGCUCUUGGACAAGACCAACUUCUACGCUGAACAGGGUGGUCAGGCUUCAGACUGCGGCUACCUGGUGCGGGCGGGGCAGCAGGAGGUCCUGUUUCCAGUGGCCCGGGCCCAGGUCUGUGGGGGCUACAUCCUGCAUGAGACAGUGGCCCCUGAGUGCCUGCAGGUGGGGGACCAGGUGCAACUACAUGUGGAUAAGGCCUGGCGUCUCGGGUGCAUGGAGAAGCACACGGCCACCCAUCUGCUGAACUGGGCGCUGCGGCAGACCCUAGGCCCUGGCACAGAGCAGCGGGGCUCCCACCUCAAUCCUGAACGGCUGCGCUUUGAUGUGGCCACCCAGGCCCCAUUGACCCCACAGCAGCUCCGGGCAGUGGAGAGCACUGUGCAGGAGGCUGUGGCACAGGAUGAGCCCGUGUACAUGGAUGAGGUGGCCCUGGCUCUCACUGCCCUCGUCCCUGGCCUGCGCUCCCUGGAUGAGGUCUACCCAGACCCGGUGCGGGUGGUGUCAGUGGGGGUGCCUGUGGCCCAUGCACUGGACCCAGCCUCCAAGGCUGCGCUGCAGACCUCUGUGGAGCUGUGCUGUGGGACGCACCUGCUUCGCACAGGGGCCUUGGGGGACUUGGUGAUCAUUGGGGAGCGCCAGCUAGCCAAGGGCACCACCCGCCUGCUGGCUGUCACUGGGGAGCAGGCCCAACAGGCCCGAGAGGUGGGCCAGAGACUGGCCCAGGAGGUGGAGGCAGCCACAGAGCGGCUGAGUCGGGGCAGCCAGGAUGUGGUGGAGGCACAGCGCCUAUCCAAGGACAUGGGACGACUCACUGAUGCUGUGGACAAUGCCAUGAUGCCCCAGUGGCAGCGGAGGGAGCUUCAGACAACGCUAAAGCUGCUGCAGCGGCGUGCCAACACUGCCAUUCGUAAGCUGGAGAAGGGGCAGGCUGCAAAGAAAGCUCAGGAGCUGUUGGAGCGGCACACAAAGGGGCCUCUGAUUGUGGACACAGUCCCCACUGAGUCCCUGUCAGUGCUGGUGAAGGUGGUGCGGCAGCUCUGUGAGCAGGCCCCCAGCACAUCUGUGCUGCUCCUCAGCCCACAGCCCCUGGGAAAUGUGCUGUGUGCCUGUCAGGUGGCCCAGGGUGCCACACCCACCUUCACGGCAGAGGCCUGGGCACUGGCCGUGUGCAGCCACAUGGGAGGCAAGGCCUGGGGCUCUCGAAUUGUGGCCCAGGGCACCGGAAGCACUGCUGACCUAGAAGCUGUCCUCAGCACAGCCCAAGCCUAUGCUCUCAACCAGCUCUGACCCAGGCCUGCCCCGGAACCCACGUGGACUGAAGAGACACUGGACAGGCAAGGGCCAGGAGCCCUGAAGGAGCCAGCAAAACCCCCCAGAGGGCGAAGCAGAGGCCUGGAGGCUGAGGCUGAGCUGGAGAGGCCACUCUGUACCAGGACUUGCAUGGACACAGGCAGAUGUAGGCCAGGGAGAGCAGAGGGGGCCUGGAGCACACCCCCACUGAGUGAAUGUGAAGACACAGGCAGUCAUGGCUGUGAUUGCUCAUUAAAAAGCAUUUCACAGAAGAUAGGAAGAUCCAGGAGUUUCUUUUAAUUAAAAAAAGAUCUGCCUUUCUCCUCCCUGCAACCUGGUAUACAUGCCCCAUCACAAGGUCUGUCCCCCUCACAUGGCGCUGAAAGGCUUCAGGACCCAAAUCAGGACUGUCUUCAUCACCAUCUUCAUCACCAAGUAUCCAAACAGGUUCUGCUGGGCACUCACAAAGGACACCCUGGCCACCAAGAGCCAGAACAGUCAUGUAAAAAUCAUUACAGCAGGGCGGAUCCUCUUUGGUAUCACUUCAUGUCAUCAACAAUGACUUCUCAUUUUAAUUAAGGCACUGCUCGUUUGUUGAUAAACUGAGCAACAGGCCCUGGCCAGUUGCAGAGAAUGUGGUAAAAACCAAACAGACAAAAAAUGCUACUCUGGUGCAGCUUACUUCCAGCAGGGGAAACUGACAAUAAACAAGAGAAAGAAGAGGGCGUCA